AUGGAUGGAGGUAACCAGACUGAGGUCUCAGAGUUCCUGCUCCUGGGCAUCUCAGAGAAUCCUGAAGAACAGCAGAUCCAAUUUUGGAUGUUCCUGGUCAUGUACCUGGUCACAGUGGUGGGAAAUGUGCUCAUCAUCCUGGCCAUCAGCUCUGACCCCCGCCUGCACACUCCCAUGUAUUUCUUCCUGGCCAACCUCUCCUUCACUGACCUCUGCUUCGUCACCAACACAAUCCCCAAGAUGCUGGUGAACCUUCAGUCUGAGAACAAAACAAUCUCCUAUGCAGAGUGCCUGACACAGCUCUACUUCCUGGUCUCCUUGGUGGCCCUGGACAACCUCAUCCUGGCCGUGAUGGCAUAUGACCGCUACGUGGCCAUCUGCCGUCCCCUCCACUACACCACAGCCAUGAGCCCUGGGCUCUGCGUUUUGCUCCUCCUCUCGUGUUGGGUGCUCUCUGUCAUCUAUGGCCUCAUCCACACCCUCCUCAUGACAAGGGUGACCUUCUGUGGGUCCCAGAAGAUUCAUUACAUCUUCUGUGAGAUGUAUGUGCUGUUGAGGAUCGCGUGUUCAGACACUCAGGUCAAUCACACAGCACUGAUUGCCACAGGCUGCUUCAUCUUCCUCACCCCCUUAGGGUUCAUGAUCAUGUCCUAUGUGCGGAUUGUCAGAGCCAUCCUCCGCAUACCCUCAGCCACUGGGAAGUACAAAGCCUUCUCCACCUGUGCCUCCCAUUUGACUGUGGUCGCCCUCUUCUAUGGGACACUUGCUAUGGUCUAUCUUCAGCCCCUCCACUCCUACUCCAUGAAGGACUCUGUGGCCACAGUGAUGUAUGCUGUGGUGACCCCCAUGAUGAACCCUUUCAUCUACAGCCUGAGGAACAAGGACAUGCAUGGGGCUCUGGCAAGACUCCUUCUAGGGAAAGCCUUCCAGAGGUUGACAUGA